GAGAAGCGCAACGCAACGCUUUGAUCGAUUGAUUUUCACGCCAUCCGUUCUCCGCGCGAGGUCCGAUUCACAUUCCUUUUCCGUUUCAUUUCAAACGUCGUUAUCGGUUUUAACUUCAAUCAUCCUGAACAAAACCGACAUCCAUCCUUGGAGCUUGACUUGAUGAUCGUGUCAAACUCACACAAUACAGUCAUCCAAUAUGAGUGCAAGAAAGGAAGAGAUGAUGAUGGACGAAAGCAUUUCACAAUUAACAUCAAAGAUGCCAACACCUCCGCCUAGGCCUGCCUCUUUAGCAUCUUCAACGAGAAGUUCAAAAAGAUCUUCAGCGGCAUCCGUAAUGACAAAUCCAAAUACAAAACAUUUCGAAGGUGAUGCUCCCCCCACGCCAAGUAUAGCCGAAUAUUAUACAAAUGGCGCUGCAAUAAUACCAUCAAUACCAUCACCAAUCAUUUCACAAAGGCCUUCUUCUAGUUUUAUGUCAUUAGGUGAUGAAUUAGCUUUGGCAAAUCAACAAGAAAUCGCCGCUUCUACACGUUCAUCAAUGGCAUCAACAUCCGCAAAUGUAAUUCCACGAGAUUAUGCCAUUCAUCAACAACAACAAACCGAAAGGGUGAAUCAUAGCAAUAAAUCAUCGCGCCCUUCAGCUAUAACAAGAGCGUCAACUUCUUCAUCCAUCUCGAAUGGCUCUUCAGGAGUAAAGAGAAAACCCAGCAAACAAACACAGAGAGCCAGCGAAGGACCUACAAUUGUGAUUGGUGUUCGGCCUUCUGGUGCGACAAGCAGUAGUGACUACAGCUCUUAUCGAUCAUCCCGAACACACUCUUCCAAUUCCGAACAUCAAAAACCACAGCGGCCUCCCAGAUCGCAUCGAAACUCAGACAACGGCAGAAGGGAAAGACAAGGUGCAAUCUCACCUUCUAUCGAUCCUUCAGUAAAAAAGUCAGGAAGGCUAAAAAAUACGAUGCAAACAAGUGUUUCGUUCGUUUCAGAGCUUUCGAAAGCAUUUUAUAUGCUUUGGAGUCAAGUUCUCUAUCCUCUUUUGAUUGCGAUUCUAGGGAGUCUGAAUCUUACGCGGAGUACCGAAAAGCAUGCAAGAGGGGAGUUCCAAUCUGUUCCAGAGAAGAAGCAAGAUAACAACAAACAAUCAUCAGAUCAAUCUUUUGCGGAGAAGUUCAAAUUCGCCCUAUGCACGAGCAAUCUUUUGACGACAUCGCUUGCUAUUUCUUCGUAUGAUUCACCUGUGCCAGAGACGAAGAAGGAUGAGAGCGAAGCGGAAGGAGAGGAGCUUCCCACACCAACAUCUAUCAUUGACUUUCGACAGAUCAAAGGUGUGCUAUCAGAGGGUGAUCUUGAUCCGCUCGCUGUUGCUUCUUCGAAUUCGUCCCAGAUACAAAUGUCGAAAGGAGCUCAAACGCUGCUGAAAGGUUGUGCGCUCGCGGUGGUAUUCCUAAUACCUUUCAGUGCGUCGAAAGAUGUUUGGAUGCGAAGCACACUGCUCCUGACAAGUGUCAUGUGGGGAAUUGUAGCAGUUUUUGGGGUGAGGACGUUGACAUCGAUCACAUACGAACUUUCACACACUCCAACCGGCUCUUAUCGACCUAGCCUGUACGACUCCAAUGCUUCAGAGGACAAUUCUGGUGAAAGACUGACUGAUCAGCGUAGGAAGCAGAUCAGAGAAGGUAUGCAAAACAGAGUGGUCAAAUUAAUCAAAGCUUGCAAAUCGUUCGAUAUCGAAUGCAACAAAGCACUGGCUGCAAUUCAAGAGACUGAGUUAAUCUCGCGAGGAUAUAAGAUCUCUCAUCCUUUGCCGCCAAUUUCUCGCAUCGAACUUUCGAACACAAAAGCACCUUCUUCACCUCCUAGAAUACGCAAUGGAUCUUUGAAUGGACUUCCUCUCGGUUCAAGAGCAAGCUUUAACGCCCGUCAUCUGAAUGCCAACGGAUAUGGCCAAACGUCAAACCUUCCAACUGCUGAAAGUACCUCCCUGGAACCUGUACGUAUGGCCAGGUUGCGAAAGUCACUUGCGAAUGCUUUUGAGGAUGUGAAUGGUACGAUGAAAGAUGCAACACUUGCUCUGAAGCCGCUUGGAGAUCAGACUGAAAUGAAUCUUUUGCGGGAAAUGUAUGAUUUAGAUGCAAACAUCAACAGAAGAUCCGGAUCUUUCCUUGCAGAGACGAACGAUUCAACGAUUCAGAGAACGAGUUGGAAUUCACGCGGGAUCACGCCAAGUGAUUUGACUAGACCAUCUUCUUCACUCACAAAUGACGAUCAACAAUCCAGUCCAAGAACACCGCAAAAUCGAGAUUCGUUAUUAGAUAAUUCUUUGUUGGACAGAUCAUCAUCUUUGCGUAAACGUGAAAGUGGUGGUGGAUUAUGGGAUACGCCUUCGAGUAUGUCUGGAAGUGUGGCAAAUUCAAUGGCUGGCGUACGACCCGGAUCAAGAUUGAGUUAUAUCUCGGACAAAUCGCCUACUACUGUUACUUCGUUUACUGGACCAAAUCAAAACGGUGCAUUGAAACGAUUGAGUUAUAGUUCAAACGGUAGCUUGAGCGGAGGCGUAAGCACGGGAGUGAACGGAUCAUCACCUUUUCGAACAGCUUUGCAGCCAACAACACGAACUGGCUCUGGACAUAAUAAACGUCAAGGAAGCGUUCAAUUGGCUUUGCAUGGUCUGAGCGAUGAUGCAAGGUCUCCUUCACCUUUUCCCUUGAGUGCAACAUUGCAUGCACCAGUUUCGCCAAAUAUGAUCACCUCAGUCGAUGGUCAUAAGAUCAUUUCGUUGAAAGAAUCUUUUGAACAAAUGCACACGAUUCGUAAAAGAGCUUUGUGUAGCUUGCUUGCUCUUGAUUUCUCAUUGAAUGAUGUUGUGCAAAUCGAAGCAUCUACGAUCAAGUCCACAAGACGAUAUUGGUCACAAGUUGGACGCAUUUUGAAUGGCUUAUCGGACUGCUUGACUGGGCUGUCUGAAAGUGUUAAAGCGGAUCUACAGAAGGAGAUCAGCAUUUCCAAAGAUCAUGGGCAAAAAGCAGAAGAUGUUCUAAGUGAUGCACCUAAAAGAGAUAGUUCAGGACAUCUAAUCGAUUAUUCCGGCUUCCAAGAUCGUUUGAUCGCAAUGGGCGAUUCACUUCGUAGCGUUCAGAUCAAGAUGAGACUUUGUGCGGAUGAUUUGCAAAUGCGUGGAUCUGCACCUUUGCAUGGGGACUUAUCGGAAGAGAACAGUAGUACAACAUCAGGCAGCGAAAAGAGAGCAUCUUCUUCUACCGAGAUGAUGUUUGGAACGAUUCGAGAGGAUUUAUUGCAGCUUUCGGCUGAAUGGGAAGCAGCUUCCAAGAUCAUGCGUGUUCAUGGUCUAACACAAACGGACAAUGCUGUGAAUACUAGUGUUGACUCAACAGGUGGAUCUUCAACUACAUCCUCCAUCACAAAUACUGGCAACUCUUCCAACACGACAGCAGGCACUUUAUUACUCGAAUCGCCUCAAGAAGCAGAAGAGGAUGCGAUGCGUGAAUGGAUAAAGAACCAGAAAGCUCAUCUUGCCAAUGAUGUAAGUUUGGAAACGACUGCAAUUGAAGCCGGAAUCAAGCAUAUGCUGGAACAAGGAUCUAAGACGCGAGAGCAAGGAGCGAAUAAAGAAGACGAAUUAUCAUCGCUUUUGUUGAGAUCAACUUCACCUCAACACCUACCUCCGCCCGGUGUGGAGACUGUAUAUGAAGAUGUUGCUCUUCCAGCGGCAAAGAAGCAGCCUUCUAAUUUAUCAAGAGAAGAAAGGAUUCGAUUGAUGAAAGAACAAAGGAACAGUGAUGCACAACAAUUGGCAAUGCAUGCAAAACAACGUACUUCAGGAGGUGCUGAAAUGACAAAUGGAAUGAUGAGCGAAUUGCGAUCAGUAAUGAAGAUUCGUAGAUCGGCAAUCAUUGAUGGUAAAUUACAACAAAGAUCUGACAUUGGCUCGCACGGUGAAGACGAACUUUCAAGUUCGGAAAGAUCAAAUUCACCUGCAACGCCAAUCAUGCAAUCUUCUUAUAGUGCAGAUACACCAUCUUUACGUGCCGAAUCGGCAAAAUCCCAUUUAAUGCAAAGCUCUCAAGGUUCUCAUUUACAACGUAGGUCUGCCAGAAGUGGAAGUAGCGGUAGACCAAGUCUUUCUCUUUCUUCGCCUGUUUCAGAGUAUCAGCAAGGUGGUUUUGCUUAUGGCUCACAACGGCAAUAAGUCACUCUCCUCUGCGAGGAGAGCUUUUGAUUAAAGGCAACGAUACCAUGUAUAGG